CGUUUACGCACGGUCCUCCAGCGAUUGGCAGCGAUAUCCACUCUGGAUCCAAGCACCCAAUUCUAGGCGUCGCGUCCAAUUCUACCACUCGCUCACCAAUCCUACCACUAUUCCAAGGCUGAGAUUCCAAGCAUGGCUCUGGCUCGCCUCGUCCUAGCUCUCGCUGCCACGGCGACGGCGUGGGCGCCGCUCCGCCGACCGCUGGCCCAGCGCACGACGCCUAAGCAGACCGUCCUUUCGGCGGCGACGAAUGCCGAUUGGCGCACGCGCUGCGACACGGAAGGCGUCGUGAGCUACUACGACUUCGGCGUCCGCCUCGGCGGCGCCGCGCCGGCCGCCGCCGGAGAUAGCAAAGCCGUGGCGACCUCGGGGUCGACGUCGUUCUCGCCCGUCUACGCCGCCAAAGAAACGAUCAAGUACGUCGGCGCGACGGCCGUGCAGUACAAACUACUGAUGCUCGCCCUCUCGGGCGUGGACAAAGUGGCCACGCUGCCCAAGCCCGCGGUGUGGCUGCUGUUCGCGUUCCUCUCGCUGCGAUCGAGGGUCGUUUCGCUGCUCGACAACUCGCGGCCUAAUCGUGAAGCUCAAAAAGGCAAGGCGACGCCGGUGGACGUCAAGCGGCCGUCCUGGACGCCGCCGGGCAUCGCCUUCCCGUUCAUCUGGCUCACGAUCACGGCUCUUAGAGCUACGGCUGCACAGAUGGCGUACGCCGGGUCUCUAAGAAACCCGGCGCUGGACGCGCUCGUGUUGCACCUCUGCAUCGGCGACACCUGGAACUGCAUCACGAACGUGGAACGCAGGCUGGGCGUGAGUGCUGUGGGCUGCUUUGCAGUGUGGGGGUCUGUGUUCCGGGCCGUGAAGGCCUUCGGGGCGUCGGCGGCGCCCAAGGCCGCGUACGUGCUCGCGCCGUCGCUCGCGUGGAUCUCGGUGGCGUGCGUGCUCACGGCGUCGAUCUGGAACCUGAACGGCAGGCCGCCGGUGUACCCGGCGGAGGGCGACGGCGACAGCGCGGACCUGCGCCUGAAGUACCUGUUCCAGAUGGAGGCGACGAGCAUCCGUGGCGGCAAAUGA